AUGGAUGAGGGCAUCCACAAUCAGUACAAUCCGGUUAAUCCGGAAACCCCAGGAAACCCAAGAAACCCAGUAAAUCCGGUCAACCCGGUCACCAGGCUCGUCCCACACGGCGACGAGAACGAAGCCCUCAGGCUCACUCACGAGACGCUGAGGCAUACUUACCCCAACGUUCCUCCCGACCUCAAUACCGAGGUCGUUUUCAUGCUGCACCCUGCUCGAUACCUCCCUCCAGCGGCGGACUUCGUGUUGGUACAAGGACGCCAGACGGUUGGAUGGCCAAUGUUUGCAACCGGCCACUACUGCAGGAUGUGCUUCCAGCUCCAAAAGGCAGGAGAGAUCUGCAGUCAGCCGUGCAACAAGCCGUGCGGAUGCUGUGGUGUCGCACAUUCCCAGUUGCCUUGCCCUCGUGCAUACAACUCGCUGAACUCCUGGUAUCGCUCGGGCUUUGUGUCCAGUGAGAAGACCCUUCCAAAGUUUGUGCAAGCCAAGCCCGGCAUGAAGCAGUUCAAGGUCCUGAAGUUGAACGGGUACAUCAGCACGGAUGACGUCUUCGAUGAGCACAAGGUCCCUGAAUUCAACAAGCAAAAAGCAUGCAGGACCUAUGGCGAAGUCUUGCCAUGGAAAUUCAGCGGUGAAGUUCACGUACCAGGCGCCCGACCUGUGCUGGGUAGGCCCCCCAAGCAGAACACCCGUCGACCCCAGCCCGGCGGUAAUAGCAGGGACUGGUCCGGGCGAAGCGACAGCAGCGCUCUACGUGCCAUUGACAGAGCUUUCGACCCCAGGGAUCAGUCUAGAUCCAUCUACGACAGCUCUGUUCGUGGCACCGGCAGCGGCUCCAAUGGCAGUAGCAGGUUCGAUGGUCUCGACCCCAACCCCAAUCCUCAUGGAGAUAGCGGGUAUGGCGGUCCUGGCCCCAUUCCCUACAAUCAUAGCGGGUAUGGUGGCAACGGCCUCAACCAAUACGGUGGUAGCUGGCAACAUAUUGCUCCUCAGGCAUACAGUACAAACCACCAUGAGAACAGCUAUGGUAUGGGGUACGGUUAUGGUAUGGGCCCGUGGCAAAACACUAUGCCAUCCAUGCAACAUCAAUAUCCAGGAUGGCAGCCAGGUAUACCAGGCCGGUACAGCCAAAUGCCUCCUCCGCCACCCCCUGUCGCGCCCUGGUACCCACAGCAACCAGCUUCAGCAAUGCCCCCGGAUGUCCAUUUUCACAUUCACUCUGCCAGCCCUACUGUCAGCGGUGGUCAGCCUGUGGGUACUGCCCUUUCUUCAACGCCUGCCAGUACUGUUUCUCCUUCAACGCCCACCCUAGCACCAUCAGAUCAGUCUAGGGACAGCAGUCAAAUACGGAGUACGAACAGGAACAGGAACAGCACUGGCGGCGGUCAACAUCAGCGUCAAGACCAUGGUGUCAAUGGCCGAGGCAGAGUCCGAAAGCCGUCGCAACCGCGAAGCAGAAGAUAAGAUUUUGCUUGCUGGCAAUCUUUGUUAUCGUUCUACGUAUCAACGGCCAGGCUGUUGUCUUGUUCAACAGGACUUUCUUCUAUUUUCAUGUUCUCUUCAGCUGUAAAGCUGUAAUUCAUACUCAGCUGUCAAGCUGUAAUUCCCUUCUGUAUCUCUCCUACCUGUAAAGGUAUUAUCUCCCCUACCUGUAAAGGUGUCAUCAUCUGUCGUACCUGUCAAGGUAUCUCUAUUGUUUGCACCAAGUAGAUUAUCUGUUCAGCAGCCUCAGCUUCUCUGUAUAUUAGCCAAUAAGACUAAUUUUGAUGGGGUCUCUUACCAUAAAACAUUCUGUGAGACUGCUCGUGUCGUGGUCUCACAACCGCGGGUAAACAUGGCUCGAUUUUCGUGCAUCCCUUUGAUCUAUUCCACCCCAAAUCCCUUCUCACUUCCAUGAGAGGCACACUUUGACAUUAGAGUCAGGACUUACAGCUACGUCGGU